CAGAUGAAAGAGCAAGAGAGAGACAGGGUAGGCGAGCACGGCAGGUUGAGUGAGAGCGACUCCGUCUGUCACAAGCACAGACUGCCAGCCUGAAUACAUUCACAGGAAGGAAGAUCAGCCCAGCUGGGAGAGGACUUUUGAGCAGAGGAUGAGAAGGGGAGCUCACGUUGUCCGGAUGGCUUCCAUGGAAGGCAGCAUUUCCCAGAACAAAGGGUGCCCCUGGGCACUGGCCCUACAUCUGUGAUUAAGCCUUUGAAGAGUACACCCUCCCGUUUCAACUCAGGACCCAGUUCAUCGAUUGAAAGAAUGAAACUUUUCUGAACAGGGAUCAGAGGUGACCUUCCUGUUGAAAGACUCCCCUCUACACUUGGAAACUCUUCAACUCAUACAAGGCAAACCUCUGAUUCCAGGAUGUUCUUCAUUCACGAUUCACUCACCUCUGUGCGAGUGCAUCUUUCCAGCCUUUGGACAAGUGUUGACCUCUCUAGGUUGGAGUUCCCCUUAGCAAGGCUGAGCCCCUCUGGGCCAGCCUAGGCCAAGCAGUAUGCUGGAUGGGAGCAGGGGCCAAAGCCACCUUUGGGGUCCUUGUCUCACAGACGCUUGCCUGAGGAAUGCCAUCAUUAGUCUUUGAAGGUCCCGGGAGUCAGCGGGCACAGCUUGUGAUUUGAUUGGUGUGUGAAGAAGUACGCAGGCUAAUGCUACACCCUGCACACUGACUAGAAGAGAAGAUCCAUUCUGAGAAAAGCCAAGGGACCCAGGCCGCUAUUGUGAGGUCCAUCAGAUGACGGGGAACUACAUGUGGGACCCCAACACCAACAAGUCAUUUGACAUCGGUGUCAACAGAGACAGCCUGAUGCCUCUCUGGUGGAACGGAUCAGAACCUCUGUGGGUCACUCUGACCAAGGCCAAGAGGAAUGUCUACAUGUACUACUGGCCAGGCUGUGAGGUUGAGAUUCUUGGUGUCAGACCUACUUACUGCCUGGAAUAUAAAAACGUCCCAACGGAUAUCAAUUUUGCCAAUGCAGUCAGCGACGCUCUUGACUCCUUCAAGAGUGGCCGGGCCGACCUGGCAGCCGUCUACUACGAGCGCAUUGACGUGGAAGGCCACCACCAUGGCCCCUCCUCGCCUCAGACCCAGGACGCCCUGAAGGCUGUGGACACUGUUCUGAAGUACAUGACCAAGUGGAUCCAGGAGCGGGCGCUGCAGGACAACCUCAACGUCAUCAUCUUCUCAGAUCACGGAAUGGCCGACAUCUUCUGGAUGGACAAAGUGAUCGAGCUGGAUAAGUACAUCAGCCUGAACGACCUGCAGCAAAUGAAGGACCGGGGGCCAGUUGUGAGCCUGUGGCCAGCCCCCGGGAGACACACUGAGGUAUAUAACAAACUGAGAACUGUAGAACACAUGACUGUCUACGAGAAAGAAGCCAUACCAAAUAGGUUCCAUUACAAGAAGGGGAAAUUCGUCUCUCCUUUGACCUUGGUGGCCGAUGAAGGAUGGUUCAUAACUGAGAAUCGAGAGACGCUCCCAUUUUGGAUGAACAGCACCAGCAAGAGGGAAGGCUGGCAGCACGGGUGGCACGGCUAUGACAAUGAAAUCAUGGACAUGCGGGGCAUCUUCCUGGCCUUUGGACCCGAUUUCAAAUCCAACUUCAGAGCUGCUCCCAUCAGAUCCGUGGAUGUCUACAACAUCAUGUGCAACGCGGCAGGCAUCGCCCCCCUGCCCAACAACGGCUCCUGGUCCAGAGUGGUGUGCAUGCUGGAGGGCCGGGCCGGCCCGGUUCCAUCUGCCCUACCGAGCAGCUGUGCGCUGGCCGUGACCCUCCUCUUACUGUUUGCAUAGCUGCUCCUACUGUUGCCCCCCAACACUCAGCCAAGUGUGCCUCC